AAUGCUACGAUUUAUUUAUCAAGGAUUCUCAACCUUAGUAAAAUAAAAUCCACUUAAGAAUGGAUUCAGAUUUGAGAAUUAAAAUCUCACCUGGACUUUUGGUGAAUUUGAUGUAUUGAAUAAUUGUUAUUGAGAGACACAUUCAAGUGCAUUCGCAUAUGGAUUGAUUGAAUAAGGUUGGAAACAAGGAGACAAACUCAUGCUUUUACUUGGUAGAUCUAACACAAGUGAAGCUGCCACUACAUUUGCUGGUGCAGCUAAAGCAGGAGUAAUUACAGUACCUUUCAGAUCCAAUGAUCCAAAUGAAAUUGAAAAGACUAUUAGUAUUGUCAAUCCAAAAGGAAUUGUGUUUUCACCAAAUCAACUAAUAGGAGAAACCAAAUUUAUUGAAAUCCUUAAAAACCUUGUUCCAGAAACCACAUAAAGUAUCUAUUAUAAAUUAAUUUAUCCAAAGCUUAAUCAGGAGAAAGUCUUAAGAGUAGUAAAUUUACUAAUUUGAAAUGGUUAAUUCAUACUGGAUUUUAUUCAUAUCCAGGCACUUAUAAAUUCAGAGUAUUAAACUAUUGAAGCCACUAGGAAUCAUUGGUCUAUGCCUCCAGGAACUUCAAUCGACUUUCUCUUCCAAGCGUUACAGGACCAGUUACAGCUUAAUUGAGAAAUGGAUAACUUUAAACAUAUACAUACUAGGACUUAGCAAAAAUGAGUGAGAAAGUAUAAGGAUCAAAACAUGUAAUAAUUUCAGGAGAUCCUUAAACUGUAACUAACUUUAGCAUCGGUAAAUUUAAGGAUCUCUAAUAUUAUAGUUGUUGGAGGAUUGGAAAGAGGAUACAAUACUGUUUUGACUGGAGCAGAUAAUGUAAAUAAAGUCUAAAAGAUUUUGAAGUAUUAUGACAAUUAUAGUCUUGUAGUAGAUGAUUCAGUUCUCAGUGAAUAAUAAUAAGUAUGAUAAUCUUCUAAUAUCAUUUUAGUCUGUUGAUGUUAACAACCUAUAAACCUUAUUCACUGUUGGCGAUGUCAACAAGGCUUAAAAUGUAUUCCAAAAAUAAGCCAUCUAAAUUUGAU